UGCAAUGGCUGAGGGGCGGCUGUUGGCGGCUUGGAAUGAGCUCAUUCUCCCAGGAGGGAGCAAGGCUCAGAGUGAAUCGCUGAGAAGCUGCAGCUCGUGUGUGAAAUACGUCCUCAUUCCCUCUUUACUGGCCUGAUUCUUCACUUGGGGGCUGUGCACAUGGUGGAAAUGAAAAUGUAGACGAAAGUAGAGAGAGAAGAGAAGUCUCCAGCUCGGGAACGGAGAGUUCUCUCUGUCUGCGUUUUUACCCUCUGGAAUACAGCAGCACACAAUGUCAAAGAAGAGUGCUGGCAGUCGAGCUAAGGGAGACAAGCCUGAUGCCUUAGCUACUUUGCAAGCUGCCAAUGAAGAGCUCAGGGCCAAACUGACUGACAUUCAAAUCGAACUUCAACAAGAAAAGAGUAAGGUUAGCAAGUUGGAACGAGAGAAAAAUCAAGAGGCUAAACUGAUCAAAGAGCAAGAGCAGCACAAACACAUUGUGUUGGUGACCGAACUCAAAGCCAAGCUGCACGAGGAGAAAAUGAAAGAGCUGCAGUCUGUGCGAGAGACUCUGCUGAGACAACAUGAAGGUGAACUUCUCAGAGUCAUCAAAAUUAAAGACACUGAGAACCAGAGACUUCAAGCACUUGUUAAUGCCUUGCGAGAUGGAGCUGCUGACAAAGUUAAAACGAUGCUUUAUAACGAAGCUAAAGAAGAGGCUAAGAAGGUGUUUGAGUUUGAGAAAAUCAAGCUGCAGCAGGAGAUCUCAGAACUAAAAGGAUCUAAGAAACAAGUGGAAGAAGCUUUAAGUCAGGCUAUUCAUGCUGAUAAGAUGAAGGCUGCAGAAAUAAGAAGUGUGUACCACCUGCACCAAGAGGAGAUCUCCAGGAUAAAGAAAGACUGUGAAAGAGAGAUUCGUAGGCUGAUGGAUGAGAUAAAAUUAAAAGACAGAGCAGUCUACGUGCUGGAAAAAGAGCUGGGGGCUCAGGCUGGUCAUGCUCAGAGGCUCCAGCUCCAAAAAGAGGCUUUAGAUGAACAACUUACCCAGGUCAAAGAGGCUGAAGCAUGGGAAAAACGACAUCUGAGUAGCCCGAAAAGAGAGCUUCCUUGCGCAAGCGGUGCAGGAGACGCCUCAGAUCAUUCAGGAAGCCCUGAGCAGCAGUUGGAUGAAAAGGAUACUCGGCGAUUCCAACUUAAAAUUGCUGAAUUAAGUGCAAUCAUCAGGAAACUAGAAGAUCGGAAUGCUUUGCUGUCUGAAGAGAGAAACGAGCUUCUCAAGCGUUUACGUGAAGCAGAAAGUCAGUACAAACCUCUCUUGGAUAAAAAGAAACGUCUCAGUAGGAAGAAUGAAGAAAUGAGCCAUGCCUUACGACGUAUGGAAAAUAAGCUCAAAUUUCUCACACAAGAAAACUUAAGAAUGAAAGAGAGAGUGGGGACCAUACGCCGACCAAGCUCCUUGAAUGACCUAGAUCAGAGUCAUGAAGAGAAAGAAAUUGAAUUUCUUCGGAUACAAGUUAUUGAACAGCAAAAUGUUAUUGAUGAUCUCAGCAAGGCAUUGGAGACAGCCGGCUACGUCAAGAGCGUCAUAGAUCGGGAAAAGCUGCUGCAUUACAGAAAACAAAAGAAGAAAUUUGCAAAGGCGAGUAAGAAGCCAGUGGUGGAAACAUUUUUUGGGUAUGAUGAAGAGGCAUCACUUGAUUCUGAUGGUUCAUCCAUUUCUUACCAAACAGACAAAACAGAUCGAACCCCUUGUACGCCUGAAGAUGAUCUUGAUGAGGGAAUGGCAAAAGAAGAGACAGAACUCCGCUUUCGUCAACUGACCAUGGAGUACCAGGCUCUGCAGAGGGCGUAUGCAUUGCUACAGGAACAAGUUGGUGGAACAUUAGAUGCUGAAAGGGAAGUCAAGACUCGUGAGCAACUGCAAGCAGAAAAUCUCCGAUUUCAAGCUAAAAUUGAAGACUUGGAAAAGGCUCUUGCACAACAAGGGCAGGAUAUGAAAUGGAUCGAGGAGAAACAAGCUCUCUGUCGUUGGAACCAAGAAUUACUAGAAAAGAUUCGGCAAAUGGAGGCUGAAGAAAAUCGCCUUAAGCAUGAGGUACAGGACGCAAAGGACCAAAAUGAGCUUUUAGAGUUUCGCAUAUUGGAACUUGAAGAACGAGAACGGCGCUCACCUGCUAUCAAUUUUCAUCACAUCCCAUUUCCAGAGGAGACAAGUCCACUUCAGGUCUACUGCGAGGCAGAAGGAGUGACAGACAUUACGAUAGCAGAUCUUAUGAAAAAACUGGAUAUUUUAGGAGAUAACGCCGUAAGUAAUUUGACCAAUGAGGAACAAGUGGUUGUGAUUCAGGCCCGAACAGUUUUGACAUUGGCAGAAAAGUGGCUACAACAAAUUGAGGUGACAGAAUCUGCUCUCCAGCAAAAGAUGAAUGACAUUGAAAAUGAAAAGGAGCUGUUCAGUAAACAGAAGGGCUACUUGGAUGAAGAAUUGGACUAUAGAAAACAAGCUAUGGAUCAGGCUCAUAAGCGGAUUCUGGAGCUGGAAGCCAUGUUAUAUGAUGCAUUGCAGCAAGAAGCAGGGGCAAAAAUGUCGGAGCUUUUGUCGGAAGACGAACAGGACAAGCUGAAAGAAGCAGUGGAACAAUGGAAGCGGCAGGUCAUGAGCGAGCUCCGAGAACGUGACGCACAAAUCCUGAGGGAGAGGAUGGAACUUGUCCAUCAUGCCCAACAGAGAAUCAAAGAAUUAGAAGAAAAAAUUGAAGUACAGAAAAGACAAGUUAAAGAGCUAGAAGAAAAGCAUUCAUUCUUUGGUCGUAAUUCUUCCAGGCAGCCAACAAGGAAGGCUACAAUGAAGGAAAGACAACUGCAUACUGUAAUAAAUGAUCAGAUUACAGUAUUAUCCCAAGAAAGGCCAACAAUAAACCAAGACAUUAAGUAUUUGAAAGAACACCUUGCAAUACAAGGAGCAUAGAACAUGCACGAAGAAUAUUCAGGGUUCGGAGGCUAUAGAGCCAGACGUAAUUUGGAGCUUCAAGAACCAUAUCCUCGAUUUGGAAGAUGAGUUCAGUAAAAAUGCAACAAAACCUAUAAAACAAACGGAAAAUGUAAUGGACCGAAAGCAAACAUUAGAAUGUUAAGCCAACGAUAAAAGAUUUUGGAAAAUUGACUUCCCUGACAGGAGAUAAGCACAGAAGAAUAUACAACAUGGGUGAAUGAACAGUUUUAAUAUUUAGUGAAUGAAGAAUUGACCUUAAACUUUCCUGCUGUGCAGGAUACUGAAAAAGCUGCUUCAGUAUAGAGGCAUGGCUUCCAUCCAUCACUCAUUUCUACUUCAUGCACACUGCUACAUCAGUAGUUUGUUAUAGCUGCAGAGGCUAUGAAACCUUGGCAGCAAGACUUUUAACAAGUCAGCGAGAAUAAUUUAUUACUGAACAUGAAUCAUCCUUAAGUUGAACCAUAUCGAUGUCACUGCAGAAACAUGAAUGACAUAUGAACGUGUGUUAACCAGUUGUCCUGCAAACUUUGAAAUGAAAUUCUACCCAGGUAGAACAAAUAUGACAUGCUGCUAUGUUAAAGCUGUUGCCGCUGAAGCAAGAAGAUAAAUUCAAAGAAGGCACAAAAAACUGAAUAUAAAGUUACAGUAAUUUUUUAAACCUUUGAAUAUAAUGUAAAAUUGUUAAUAAUGUUUACAAAAGUAGGCAUUAGAAAGAAAGGAAACUUGAAGACUUUUGGGCUUAGCUCAUAUGAUUCCCAGCAAAUAUCGGGAUGCAGAUUCACAAUGAAUUUUCCAAAGAAUGGGAGCUAUGUGAUUUCAAGAGUUUUUUUUAAAAAUCGCCAAAAUAUAGAUAAAAAAUGUACUUGGAAAAAUAUGCAAUUGGAACGUGGAGAAGAUCCUGCCAAACAAGUACUGGAAGAAAAUUGAGAGGAGUGAUUAGAAUGUAAUUUAGGUUGAAAAGAAAAUGCAAGGCAUGCAGUCACUUUAAAAUAAGUUAUGUGCAAGUAUUAGGGAGAAAAUAAUCCAACACCAGGAGAUAAACUGCAGUUAAUAAUGAUCUGGUGACGGACAAACAAGAAAUGAAAGAGCUUAAUUUGUAUCCACCCCACAGUACAUGAGACAAGAUGGAUUCUUUUCUCUAAAUGAUAACAAUCGGAAAAGUGAAACAAUUUCAAAAGGAUCAGAUUAAUAUAUAUGAAUUCUUGCAAAUAAAUGGCACAGUCCUGGAAUUUGGCACUUUAGAUAAUGAACACAGGGAAGGAAAAUCCUGAUAAUAAACCAUCACAAGCCCAUGUGACGAACCAGAUAUAAAGUACAUGCAUUGAAGGAGAUGCAAGAAAUAAGCUGGAAGCAAACUGAGAGGAUCCUCCAUUCUUUCCCCAAAAUAAUAGCCCUGAUGGAUCUGGAGAAAGUUCAUUCAGAAGUGUGGAAGGAUGAACUUGCCUUAACUACAGGCAGAAAAUGUUGGAAACACUCAUCAGGUCAGGCAGCAUCUGUGGAAGCAAAAACAAAGAAACUGAAUAUAUUGCUGUUUUCAGCCUUAUUUCUGAAGACACACAAAAGCAGCCAACGAUAAGAAUCAGCCCUAUUUCUGCUAAAGCCCAGAAAGUAUUGUGCUCCAGUCCAUUACUUCUCAUGCACUACUGGCCCAUUACAUUCCACAGAAUUCCCCUCCCUGUGUUUAUUUCAAAUUGCUGUUAUUUCCCUAGAUAUGCCUCUCCUACACCCCAGGUCUAAUACAUGCAUGGAAAGAAAAAUCUCUCAUUCCUCCAAAUGGAGAUCAGAAAUAUUCUAGUUUUUUUAUGUUUAAUAAUUGCAAAUAUGCCACAUAUUGCUGUUAAUUGCCAAGUGAAUUAUCAUCAUUAGGAAAAGAAAUCGGUACAUUCUUACAAGAAUUACAGAAAAGGGGCCCUUUACUAAAAAAGGACAUGUAAAAGGAUCUUUAUAAACUAAAUAAUAUCAUAAAUUUAUGAUGUCAAAAGUGACUUCAAAUUUUUGACAGUUGUUUACAAAUAUCUAAAAAUGCAUAGUUGUAAGAAGAAAGCAAUGUAUGGAAAGGAAGAUGAAUCUUUGUGCUUGGCUAUUAGCUUCAGAAAUUAUAAGCAGACAUUUUAUUUAAAUGCCUUGAGUUGGAGUUAGCCCAGAGAAGGAAAGGAAAACUGCAAAAGACCACCACUCCUACUCUCUGGAAUCACACAGUUCAUUGAGGUAUUCUGUGCAACCAAUAACACUGGAAGAAGUUUGGAAUAUGUAAACAAACCACAGUGGAUCAACUUGUUAGAACCUGACCUGGUGAAAGGGUUUUACCAGGCUUGGCCGUGCUUAUGCAUGUUGUAAAUAUGUGAGUGGCAGUUUGCCAGAACAGUGACUUAAGCACCAAAAAUGAUAACUGUCCAUAAUAAGAAAGCUUUUGACGACAAAUGUACAGGAAAAAAACAAUAGCGCAUGUGAUAGAUUCAGUGAUAAGCAGGUCUGAGUUUUUUUAUUAUUAAUCUGUACAAAACUGAAAUGUAUUGUAUACAAAAAAGCUGUAGUGAGUUUCUUUUUAAUACACUUUGUAAAGAGUUGUCUGUCAUGCUGUUAAGUUCUAAUUCGGCCAUUUGAAUUGUCUAAACUAAAUUCCAUUUCAUAUCGUCAACUGAUACCCAUCGAAUGUUUUCCAGUAAAGAUCUGUUUGUUGCAUUGUUUAAGUGAUUAUAUAACAGUAGUUCUUUCAAACUAGAGAUACCCAGUAUUAUGAAGCCUUCAGAGAACUCCAGAGUGCCUUACCUGGCUUGUUAACAAAAAAAAAGAGGUGCAUUUUUAAUUUUGCUGUGGUGCAACAAAGCAAGGCAGAUGUAGCAUACAUUAGUUUGGGUAUUUGAGAAACAAUUAAGUCCAACACUUUAGGAUGUCAGCAUUAAAAUGUUAUCUUUAAGCACUAAUUUGAUUUGCAUGGUGAAUGGAUUUAGUUUAGACUCAGGAAAUCAUAUGUGAAUAUGGGUAAUGAAUUAGAAAUCUUGAUUUCUUGUACAUAUUUAUAUUGUAAAAUGAUUAAAAAUAUAUGAAUUAUAAAGAUAGUGCCAAUUGUGGGCAUUGGGCCAAGGGUCCCUAAUUUAUGUGCUCUGUAAGGUAAUCUCUGUAAACUCAUAUCUUAGAUAUUUAUCCCUUUGUUUCUGUACUAAAACUGUAAUUUGCUGUCCUAAAGGACUAUAUGUUGAUCAGCUACAAAUUUUACACAUAUUUUUGUAUUGUGAUUCAUGUAUAUUAGCAGAUCUUUCUAUCCAUUUGUAAAAUACAUAUAUUAUUGUAACUUUUUUAAUA